AUAUUAACGCCUCUUCCCCAUAUCUUCAGUCCUCUUCCGAUUACUUCCUCUUUACUUAUACCCGUACCUUCUACUCCUCUUCCCUCCUCCUCAAUUGCCUCUUUUUCGUCGCGGAUUUGUUGCUUUCGUCCGGACGUACGACUUCUGGCCGACGUCAUUCUCGAGGUUUUGUCCGACCUCGGCUCCACUUUAACAACAUUCCUGAAGGAGUUCCAAUUGAACAGGAAACACCUACAAAAUGUCUGCCCCGCAGCCUACGGACGGUACAUAUUACCCAAGUUACGCUUGGGUCGGUGCACCGACUGUGUAUAAUGGAACUGGUGGAGAUGGCGGCGAUUCCGCUGUCGUAAACUUGAAUCAGUGGUUCUCUCCCGGAGACCAAGCAUAUAUCAUCGUCUCAUCAUGCAUGGUCCUGUUGAUGAUUCCUGGACUGGGCUUCCUAUACUCGGGGCUUGCGCGGCGAAAGUCUGCACUUUCCAUGAUCUGGGCGUGUAUGGCUUCUUUCUCGGUGAUCGUGUUCCAGUGGUACUUCUGGGGCUACUCGCUGGCGUUCAGCUCCUCUGCCACCAACGGAUUCAUUGGGGACUUGAAACAUUUCGGUCUAUUGAACACAUUGGGGGUCCCCUCACCUGGAUCACCGCUCAUCCCUGAGCUCUUGUAUUCUUUCUAUCAGCUACAAUUCUGUGCCACCACGGCUGCAAUUGUCAUGGGAGCUGUAGCUGAGCGUGGUCGAUUGAUCCCAGCCUUGGUCUUCAUAUUUUGCUGGGCCACACUCGUAUACUGUCCCAUCGCAUGCUGGGCAUGGAACAUCAAUGGCUGGGGCUUCAAAUAUGGCGUUCUCGACUACGCUGGUGGUGGACCUGUCGAAAUCGGAUCAGGUCUCUCAGCACUCGCAUACUCGAUGGUGCUCGGAAAGCGUCAAGAAAAGAUGAUGCUCAACUUCAGGCCGCACAAUGUGUCCCUCAUCACUCUGGGCACGAUUCUUCUGUGGUUUGGGUGGCUUGGAUUCAAUGGCGGUUCAGCGUUCGGUGCUAACCUCCGCGCUGUCAUGGCGUGCUGGAACUCCUGCUUGGCUGCCAUGUUCGGAUCUAUGACUUGGUGCAUUCUUGAUUACCGCCUUGCGAGGAAGUGGUCCAUGGUUGGGUGGUGCUCCGGAUGUAUCUCUGGCCUCGUAGCAGCUACUCCCGCCAGCGGUUUCAUUACUCCCUGGGCCUCUGUCAUUCUCGGCAUUGUCACUGGUAUAGUUGCCAACUUUUCGACAAAGAUCAAGUUCUGGAUCCGCAUCGACGACAGCAUGGACGUGUUCGCUGAGCACGGUAUCGCAGGAAUGGUCGGGCUCCUCUUCAACGCCUUCUUCGCUGCAGACUACAUCAUCGGUCUCGACGGCGUCAACACAGGCAUAAUCAAUGGCGGCUGGCUGAACCACAACUACAAGCAACUGUACAUCCAAGUCGCAUACAUCGUUGCCGCUACAGCCUAUGCAUUCGUCAUGUCCGCCGCCCUCGCACUCAUCAUCAACUUCAUCCCAGGCUUGCACCUCCGAGCUUCCGAAGAAGCUGAAUUGCUCGGCAUGGAUGAUGAUCAACUCGGCGAGUUUGCUUACGAUUAUGUUGAAGUUAGAAGAGAUUACUUGGCUUGGACUCCUGCGAAGGACGAGCCGUCGAGGACCGAGAGCUGCAUCAACCCUCAAGAUCGCCACGGCAUUUCUCAGCACAGCGAGAUGAUCAAUGGGCAUAGCCCUGUUGGGGAGAAUGGGCAUGCAAAUGGAAACAGUCAUACUGGAAUCCAGGGUGAUCGACACGGGAUUGCUGCUGAGGAUGAAAUUAAGGAGAAGAACGGCUUGCCGGGUGCUAAUGGUACUGCUAAGUGAAAAAGCAAUGGGUGAAUAUUGAAGCGAGAUGAGUGUGAUGAUGGUUUUCUUGUUAGGAGUUGGUGGGAGCGAUAUCCGGUUUGGAAAAACCUUGACAUUCGUCUUGGAUCGUGUUAUAUUAUACCGUCAUUGUACUCUCGAGAUACACAUCUAUAUCUAUGAUACAUUUAUUUCACAAUC